AUAUUCAUUAAAAUCAGAUGCGGAUCAAGUGAAUUUUAAGUGCAAAGAUAAUCCGCAUUUCAGCUAAUUUACUAGACACAUGAAUAUAGGACAUUUUUGCUAAAUGUAUGCAAAAAGUUUCAUCAUAUUGGUGAUUUUUUAUUGAUAAUACCACCCACAAGCUGUAAAAUACAGUGCAAGUGAGAGAGCGAGAGAGAGAGAGAGAGAGGGAGAGAUAGGAAGAAAGAGUGCAAGCAAUGUACGGAUUUCUAUACAUCAUCAUUUUAUUGGCAAUCGGAUGCGAUUUACCGUUAAUCCAGGCAUGCAGUCGAGUGCCUCCAGGGGCAACUGCAGCCAAAUCGCCAGUGGAUGAGAACUUUGUGCUCUCCGUGGCAAACAAUGCGCAGAGCUAUGUGCCUGGCCAGAAGUACAAUGUCACAUUGAACGCCUAUUCAGGGCUCUCUUUUGUGAGCUUUAGCCUCGCACUUGAGCUGGAGAACGGGGAUGCUGAGGAUGAUCCGAAUGCAAUCGGCGCCUUUGAGAUUAGUGAUUUGUCGGAGACACGCUUCAGUCCACGCUGUCCCAAUCUCGUUGAGAAUACAAACACCAAUCUCAAAACGCAUGUGGAUGUUGUCUGGGCAGCACCAACCACUCCAGGAUUGGGCUGUGUCCUGAUCCGUGCGACGGUCAUGCAGCAUCGCGAUGUUUGGUUCAUGGACGACGGACUGCUGACGAAGCGCAUGUGCGAGGAGGAGGUCGAUGACAUCAACACUCAGCCCAGCAUCGUGGAUCCCUGCUGUGCCUGCGACGAGGCCAAAUAUGAGUUAACCUUUGAGGGCAAAUGGUCGCGUCAUACGCAUCCCAAGGACUUUCCGGCGAACAGUUGGCGCACUCGUUUCAGCGACAUCAUUGGCGCCUCGCACACCAUCGACUAUCGCUUCUGGCAGUAUGGGGAGCUGGCCAGCGAGGGAUUGCGCGAGGUGGCCGAGCAUGGUUCGACGCGCACCCUGGAGAGCGAGCUGAAGGAUCAGAGCGACCACAUUCGGACCAUCAUUAAGGCACGUGGCAUUGCCUAUCCGAAUGUAACGGGCAAAACAUUUGCAGUAUUCCGUGUGGACUCCAAUCAUCAUUUGAUCUCAUUGGUCUCCAUGGUGGAUCCAUCCCCCGAUUGGAUUGUCGGCGUCUCCGGACUAGAGCUGUGCUUGCCCAAUUGCUCGUGGGUGGAGAACAAGGUGCAUAAUCUAUAUCCCUGGGAUGCGGGCACAGAUAGUGGACCUUCCUACAUGUCCGCAGACCAGCCUCAGGUGCCGCCCGAUGUUGUCCGUCGAAUCAAGUCCAAUUUUCCCAAUGAUCCACGUUCGCCCUUCUAUGAUCCCACGGGCGCUGAGAUGAAACCACUGGCUACUCUACACAUUAACAGGCGUCGUCUCUAUGAGAAGAAUUGCGAAGCAGGCGAUACGGAGCAGGUGCCGCCGGAAUGCGCCACGCUCGCCUGGAGUCGGUGGGAUGAGUGCAGCGCCAAGUGUGGACCCGGCAAACAGUACAGGACACGUGAAUUUAAGAAUCCCACACUGGCCAUGCGUCACAGAUGCAACAAUGCGUUGCGCGAGGAGAAGCACUGUCAGGGCCGCAAAUGUGCCACCUUCAACGAGGAGGUGCCCGAGGGCGUGCAGCCUGUGGAGGAGUUGCCCAACACCGAUCCCGAAUGCGGGCUGUCCGAGUGGAGUGAGUGGUCCUCGUGCACGGUGACCUGUGGCACGGGCGAGAUGAUACGCACCCGUCACUACCUCAACCGGCGGGCGAAGAAGAAGUGCCAGAAGGCGAGCAAAGCGCGUCUACAGGAGAUGAGAUCCUGCGAGGCGAGCCAAUGCGGUGGCGACAUUGGCAACGGAGACGAGGCGGAGGCUGAUGAUACCCAAACCGAUGCAAUGGGCGAUGCUGAUGGUAAUGGCAAUGGAGAUGGCUCGACGGAGAAGCGUUCCCUCUUCCGCAACUUCCAGAGCUAUAGCCAGCGCAAGGAGGAUUAUGUGCCAGCCGUGUGUGGUUUGUCACCCUGGUCGGACUUCUCGCCGUGUUUGGGUCCCUGUGGUGGCACUGGGAUACGCAAGCGUAUGCGCAAAGUGUGGAACAACAAUGAAGUGUAUGGCGUCCAUGAUCCCAAUGACGAUGGCACCGAUCCCUGUCGCCAUAUCAAACUGCUCGAGGAGGUCAAUUGCACGAAUCCCAGCUGCGACACGAUUGUGCCACACUUCUGUUUCGAGUCGCCGCGGGAGAGUCAUUGUCGCGAUAGCGAUGUGACCAACUAUUGGUAUUACGAUCAUCCGAGUGAUCAGUGUGCCAUUUACUGGUCGGAUCGCUGUGACACGAACCUCAACAAGUUCAAGUCGAAGGAGGAGUGCGACGAGACGUGUCGCCUGCCCCGCCACAAGCAGCAGCUGCGCAGCGAACAACGCCUCAGCUCCGAACAGCCGAUGAUGCAGCAUCGCAUCGAUUGUCUCGUCUCCGAGUGGAUUUCGCAUCACUGCAACGCCACCUGUGGCGAGGGAGUCCAGUUGAGGACGCGUCGAGUGCUGCGCACACCCAAAUAUGGCGGCAAGCAGUGUCCCAAGCAUCUGGUGCGUUUGGAUCGCUGCUAUCAGCGCUGCGACGAUAUGUAUUCGGUGAGUGGCAGCUUUAAUGAUCGGCGUCAUCUGCCCACAGCCAAGUUGCAGGCGCUGGAGUUGCGCGACGAAUGCCGCUACUCGGAGUGGUCCGCCUGGACUCCGUGCACUGCCAGCUGUGGCAGCAACUCGGUGCGUCAACGCACUCGCACCCUGCUCAACACGGAUCUGAGCUACAAGUGCAAGGAUCGGGUGCGCAUCGAGAAGUGCGUCAUGAUGCCGUGUCUCCUCAAUAGCAACGACGACAUCGACAAGUGGCAGUAAUAUCGAAUUUAUUUAUGCAUCAUGUCAAUUUAGUCUAGGCUCGCUUAGUAUUAGCUACUCUAUUUAUAUCUAUAUAUAUAAUUAUAUAUAUAUUUAAUCUUGUAUUGAUAAUACACAAUCCAUGUAAUCUCUCGUAUUUUAUAAAAGACUAUCAUGUCUUUGAUUAUAUAUAAAAUAAGCAAAUAAAAUAUAAAACAAACAGAAUUCAACACGGAUUCAAUCCCA